GCAGACGGAAGCCCGCGCUGCAGAAGUACACGUAGCACUAGAACAUGGAGGACAAGCUGCAACGCGACGGCGGCAGUAGAGCACAGGUGCAUAGCCUGCUGCCACAGAAGGACGGCAGAAAAACUGCCCCACCCAUCAACCUCGGAUGGCAGGUGCUUCUGCCAGUUGUCGCCGCCCUGCUACCCCUGGGGUUUGUAUACCUCCACAAGGGCCAAGAGUGCGAAGCGAAGCUUCCGGCAGACACCGUCGACAACUACGAGAUGCUGCCCUGGCGCAAAACCUACGCCAGCUGGGUACCGUAUCCGCAGCGCAAGGAUUACGACGGCGUGAAGGGCGACCUGCCGCGAAUCAUGCUCUGGAACAAGUCCCCCGCUGUCGAGUGGACAAACAACACCGAGCUGCGGUACGAAGGCUGCAGGCGGCCCUGCUACGUCACCUACAACCGGCUGCAACUUCACAGAAGCGACGCGGUCGUCUUGUACGUAAAGCGGAUCGAUGAAUCUCCCCUUCCGCACGGCAGGCGCGUAUUCCAGAAGUGGGUUUUCUGGACAAUGGAGACGCCCAAGGAGAACUUUGUGGAGAAACUUAAGCCGCACAAGGCGGCCUUCAACUGGACCAUGACGUACCGGCGGGACUCGGACAUCGUGCACGGCUUCGGCAGCGUGGUCCGCAAGAACGAGUCGCUCACCUCCACCCUAUACGACGCGGAGCUCGAGAAGCGCUGGAGGAGCAAGAGCCGCACUGUGGCCUGGUUCCCGACGUCGUGCGACGGGCACGCUGCCGAGUACGUGAGAAAGUUGAAGGAGCACGUUUUCGUCGACGUGUAUGGAAAGUGUGGCAACAUGAGCUGCCGCACGACGUCCUACGAAGACGACGAUGACGAAGAGUGCUACGAGAUGCUGGCGAACAAGUACUUCUUCGUGCUUGUCUUCGAGAGGGAUCUGUGCGCGGACUACGUGACGAUGCCCCUGUACCGGUUCCUCCGCUACGAAGUGGUUCCAGUGGUGAAGGGCGCUGCAAACUACAGCGCCGUCACGCCGCCGGGUUCCGUUGUAAACGUGGACACGUAUCCGGAACCCUACAAUGUCGCCGGCCUGAUGAUGAAGGCGGCUUCCAAUUUCGAACUGUACAGACAGUUUCUCAGCUGGAAGAAGGACUACGAGGUGCGUGCGCACAACUACGACAGCUUCUGCGGACUCUGCGACAAGCUCUACAGCGUGAAAUUUCUCCAAAAAUCAGUGCACCACGACGUCAGUGACUGGUGGUACAAUGGCACCAAGUGUACCUCCGACUGACAAUUCUUGUGUGCAAUCAUAUUGUAGUGUUCAGGAAAAGCUUGUUGUCUCACUUGUGUUGAGAAAACACUCUUUGAUAUAUGUUAUAACCAGCGGCUGUUCCCAAAAAAACUAACAUAUGUCUUUCAUAAAGUGUCUCUCCCUGGUUUGAAGUAUAAUAAAACUCAUAU